UUCACUCGCCCAAGAUGGCUUUUCUGUGCCCGGUUAGAAUACGCAGGAAUAAGAAAAAGAAGACAGCCACUACGAGCGGCUAUGCCUCAGAAGGGGACGAGAAGCCCCCCCGCAACCCCGGCCUGGGGCGCAUCACGGGGUCUGCCUCCAUCGAGACCCUCGUCAGGGUGGGGCUCGAGAAGGAAGCCGGUCUGUCCCCCGACAGCAAGAUGGUCGUCGUGCAGGACUUCACUCCUUGUGUCGACGAUGAACUUGAAGUCAAAAGGGGCAGUGUGGUGAACGUUCUAUACCAAGAGAACGAUUGGGUCUACGUGAUAUCAGAAGCGGGCGAGCAAGAAGGGUUCAUACCACACACAUAUUGCGUUCCUCUGUCUCAGAGGCCGGCGAGUCUCAGCAUACAUAAGACGAAGAAAAUGCCGCGAGACGCCGUGCCGGACGUGGGAGGCUCCACCGUGGACACGGACCACAACACCACACUGGGGACCAACUCCGUGGGCGGUCCCAGGAGAUGCGAUUCUUUGUAUGACUUCGACAACCCGGCGCUGGUGAACUCUGACAACGACAGCUACGGUAACGGCAACAGACUGAAGGCCGGCGUCGCGCAGGGCAACAGAGCGUCCGACUCGUCUCUGCAGAGCGCCUCCCACACGCCUGAGAUCCAUCCUUUCUUUAAGAACCCAGCAGGCCACUACAUCGUGCUGUACACGUUCAUCGCCCGCGACGAGAACGACGUGAGCGUAGAGCGCGGCGAGUUCGUGACGGUCCUUAACAGGGAGGACCCCGACUGGUACUGGGUGCUCAGGUCUGAUGGGCAGGAGGGCUUCGUGCCUUCAGGCUUCGUAUAUCCCGCAGAUGUUAUUCAAGACCACCUGCAGAGUGGGGGCAGUGGGGGCGGAGUGGGGGGCAGUGGGGAGACCCCCCCUCUGGGGGAGGUGGGAGGUGAUUAUAAGGUGGGGCUGGGUGAUUAUAAGGUGGGGCUAGGUGAUUAUAAGGCGCAGGCCCCGGACGACCUGUCGGUGCGGCGUGGGGACUGGAUAUACGCAGACCUCAGCAACCAGACGGUGGACGGUUGGCUGUGGGCGUUCGCCCCCAAGACCCGCAAGUGCGGCUUCAUCCCUAAAGCCUACGCCAGACCCCCGGCCAUGACGUCACUGUGACGUCAGACCCCCCGGCCAUGACGUCACUGUGAAGUCAGACCCCCAGCCAUGACGUCACUGUGAAGUCAGACCCCCAGCCAUGACGUCACUGUGACGUCAGACAACCGAACAUGACGUCACUGUGACGUCAGACCCCCGGCCAUGACGUCACUGUGACGUCAGACCCCCGGCCAUGACGUCACUGUGACGUCAGACCCCCCAGCCAUGAUGUCACUGUGAAGUCAGACCCCCGGCCAUGACGUCACUGUGACGCUCUCAACUGUAGAUUACUGUACAGUCAACGUAACUGCGAGCUUUCCCCAUGAAGGCUGCGUGUAGACUUCUUUGAAGCCGAAUGUGAUUUUAACAAUAUUUUAAGAUGAGCCUUUAUUACAUAACCUGUAAUAGAAAUGUGAAGCCUGCAACGGGCGCGACUAAAAGAUUGCAGCUCAAGACUCUGGACUUAUGUGCCGUCUUCGAGUGUAAGUCGAGUUCUGUUUCUUGGGCUCAUGCAUGUUGUUCGAUAUUUUGUGAUAAAAAAAAUUGCGAUAGAGUGUGAAACUUGCGGUAUUUGCUGAAUGUGUAUUGAUAUAUUUUCUGUGCCAGCUUGCUUUUGAGCGCGCUGCGUGCCGUGAUGCGUGGUGCAAUCUGUGGUGCUAACACAAAUUUCGGUGCGCAACGUAUUAAUGAUCUAGUGUUAUCAGAAAGGCUGAUAACUUAUGAAGAUGUUGUGUGUAUCUCCUGCGAAACUAAUGUUAUCCUACAAUCGUAUGGCUCGAAAAUGUCGGCCCUUCGCUUACGAGAAAACAUAUAAUAAUAUUUUAUGAAUUACGGUACUCGAUAUUAUUAAUGAUCAUUGGAUUUAAGCUAUCCUGCUCGGAAAUAAUACGAACAUAAAACAUAUCGUAGAAAGAAAAGCAACGCUUUGAAUCGCUUUGAAUAUAUUUAGUUGUGCAUAAUUUAUUAUCAGUGCCUUAUCAGUCGAAGAAACAAAGAGCUACAAUCAUGAGUAACUCACGUACUGUGAUCACGCGUACGAAUAGCACGCAUACAAGCUGUUCAUUUCUGUAGUCUCGUAUCGGAGGGAGAUGUCGUGUGAUCAUUUGAACAGAUGUCGUGUUGAACAGAUCUCCGUGUAACGGUUUUGUGAUGGCUUACAAUAUUAAGUGAUGAUUUAAAUAGAGAACUUUCUAAUAAGCAAGAGCACUUGGAAAAUGGUCAUAUGUGCGUUACGACCGGUUAGACUUUAGAGGACAUCUCUCUAGCGUAUAUAUGUAACUGCGCAUGUUUUUGUUUCACUGUUAAGGUAGUUGCUAAGGAAUGUUGUAUGAUAAAAUUUUAAGAUAUUAUCUUCGACGAUAACGAGUCUUCGGUCACUGAAAUUGACGAGGUUAUCAAACUUAUCAGUGAAGCCUUGCAAAGCUAUGAGUAUUGUAUUGUUAAUUUUUCUCUAGUGCUUCAUGUUCAAAGGUUACGCAAAGUCUGUGCUCGUGGAACUUAAAAAACUUGAGUUUUUUCAAAAUUGAAGUAUUGACUGGUGCUGCUAUGAAGCCGAUAUCGCCUUCGACUACGGAAUUUCCCAUCGUGUUUGUGUGGUGGUGAUGCCCUCAGUUUUGUGUGGUGGUGAUGCCCUCAGUUUUGUGUGGUGGCGAUGCCCUCAGUUUUGUGUGGUGCUGAUGCCCUCAGUUUUGUGUGGUGGCGAUGCCCUCAGUUUUGUGUUGUGGUGAUGCCCUCAGGUUGUGUGUUUGAGUUCCCAAAAAUCGAUUUUAGGAAACGAUAAUGGUUGCAUUACAUGCAGCUUCAGGGGCGAACUGCAUGUGUGGCGCAGGAUCUGCAUUAAUUUAAAUAAAUAAAUUAAUGUCUCUGUGUUUGAUUAACGAGAUUCACAAUAAUUGCUUGUGUGCGUGUUUAAUUAGUAGUCAAUUGAAAGUACUAUGUAAAAAAUCAUUAGAUGUCUGACCCUUUACGGUCAUUAAAAAAAACUGCUCUUAAAAGAUAUCAUUCCAUAUGUACGUGUGCCACGAUAGUUGUCUAAAUAAAUGUUAUUCUUAAUUAAACAAUCUGCUCUUU